UAUUAUUAACUAACACUGUGACCAACAACAUUGACGAAUGGAGAAAUAGAACACACGCAAUAUUCAAAUCUAUUCUAAUACUUGCGGUCAGCUUAGUAAGCCUCAGUUUGUUUGUGAGUGUCCUUCAAUUGACUGUCUGGAAUAUUUUCAUACAACAUUUUCGUUUUUUUAAAACCAAAAUCGGAUGUGUUGUACCAAAGAUGACGCUAAACAAUGAAGUUCCAAACAUAGAUGAAAUUUUGGGAGAACGCAUCAAAACUGGUCUUAUGAAAGUCCUGAAAAGUCAGUCAAGUUUGGACAAUAUCAAACUGAGUUUUGAGCCUGGUUCUAAGAAGGGUGCCAAUUUUAUGGGUGAAAUAUAUCGAAUUUUUUACGAAGAUGCCAACGACUCUGAAAAUAAAAGUCAAACAUCAUCAUUGAUUCUAAAAAUGGCUCCAAGGAACUUGAUGCGACGAGAGAAGUUGAGAUCGCGACACAUUUUUUUGCGUGAAAUCGAUAUGUAUGAUAAGGUUUUAUCGUAUUUUCACGGGUUUCAAUUGUCAAAAGGAGUUGAUCCAAAAGAGAACGGAUUCAAUGAAUAUCCCAAAUGUUAUUCCAGUAUAAGUGACGAUCUUUCCGAGUCUCUGUUUCUUGAGGACUUGCUUAGAAGAAAAUUUGAAAUGAUCGACGUUCGCAAAGAGCCAGUCACAUUUGAUCACAUGUCGCUCAUGUUGAAAGCUCUCGGGAAAUUUCACGCCGUUUCCUUUGCGUUGAAAGAUCAACAGCCAGAGAAAUUCAAAGAAUUGGCAAACCUUGCGUUUGAACAAUAUUGGACUAUGAUUGAUUCAGGAUAUAGUUCGUUUUAUUUGGAUGCUCUUAAACGAUUAACAGAUAUCUUGGAAAUGGAAAAACGUUCGGAUUUGUUGGAAAAAUUUAACAACGCUGCAGGUAGAGAUCAUUUUUCGAACAUAUUACGGAUGAUUUCAAGCGAAGCAGCUGAACCGUAUGCGGUCAUUUGUCAUGGUGAUUUGACAACUAAUAAUACAAUGUUUUGUAAAGAUGAACAAGGGAAGCCAAUCGAAAUUCAACUAUUCGAUUUCCAGUUUACACGUUACGCUUCGCCUGUCAUUGAUUUGAUUUUGUAUUUGUUCUGUUCGAUAAGCACAGAGUUGCGAAACCAGCAUUAUGAGGAAUUCCUACGAAUUUACCAUGAGAGUCUCUCGGACUUAGUACGCAGGCUUGGUUCAGAUCCACAAACGCUUUUCCCAUUUGAAAGAGUUUUGGAUCAAUUACGAAAAAUUGGCGUCUACAGUAUAUAUGUUGGAGCACUACUACUCCCAAUACUUGGCUCAGAUCCAGAUAAACUUCCCGAUAUUGACAAUGAGGCCAGCAACAAAAAUUGUUUCCAAGUAGCAGCCGAAUCGAGAAAAGCAUAUAACCAAAAAGUAAUAGAUAUGUUCGAUGAUUUGGCUCGUUUUCAGUAUAUAUGAAGGAGAUAUUCACAUAAAAAUGAAUUUUUCCAAUAAUAAGAUUCACAAAUAGUGACACAGUAGCUAACUAGUUAUAGAUUAUAGACACAAUCACCCAUAGACAAACAUAUACGAGUACCGUGGACCAUCGAAGUGGCAUAGUUUAGUUAGCUUGAUCUUACUCACAAGAAAUAAACCUGAGAGAUCAUUUAAGGAUUCCUAUUAAAAUAUUAAUUUGUAAGGUUUCCUUAUAAUAUGUGGAACAUUUUAUCAGGAAAUCUUUAAAUAAUAAAACAUGUUUUGUUUCAAUACAGUAAAGCUGGAUUUGACCUUUGGGCGCGUUAAUUUAUUAGGAUUCCUGUUAAAACAUUGCGAUUUCAUAAGAAAACCUUACAAAUUCAUUUUUUUUAAUAGGAAUCCUAAGAUAAUUUCUUAGGUUUAUCUCUUGUGUGUAGUUCAACAAAUGAACCUGGGACAUUUUAAUAUUGCAUGUAAUUCUAUGGAGUAAAUAUACUACAAAAUGU